UAAUUACUGCCACGCCAUUUUAGGAAAGAUUAGAUCUAACAAAUAAAAUUACAGAGAAGGGAGGGAAUAACCAAAUAAAAUCUGAUUAUUGUUCCAGAAACGCUUUCUGUCGCUGAGCUUCUUCUUGUUAAAGUUUAUUUUCAGGUGUCGGUAGGCGUCACGGUCCAACAGCUUGUGAACCUUGAACUCGGACAUGUUGGACUGAGUUUCUGUUUCCUUCAGAGAGCAACCAGCCAACAUUCACGCCCAGCACACGACGGCUCGUUUGUGUCUCCAACACAUCACGCCAUAAGGAAACUCAGCUCAGGCCUCCUGCUUACACCAACAGAUAAUUUCGUUUUGGAAUUUGAAAAAUGAAUGUCAGCUUCUUCAGAAAACCCACUGCGUGCGUGAUGUGAGAUCACAGUAAACUGCUCACUUUUCCGACUCGCCUCUGAUUGUACCAGCAGAUAUCAGAACAGAACGUCUGACUUCCUGUCUGCUGCAGCUUCACAAAGCCACCUUCAUUUGGUGUUCGAGGUCUCAAGCUGCCAGCGUCCAUCCUGAAAAGUAAAAUGAAUUCAGAAGACCUCACACAAAUCAACUUUAACCCAAAAAUUAAAGAAGGUGUGGACUGGAAAAUGUGGUUAACAUCUACAGAGACGUAAAGGAAGUGGAAAGUCAGACUGUACAUGUGGUUUUGCCGUUUGCUGAUUUUUCAGAUACGUUUCGACAUUCGUUCAGUGUGUACAGAUGAGUGCAGAUUGAUAAGCCUCCAAAGCUUCUCAGUUAUUCUGUAACUUCAGCAGGCUUCAUAUGAGCAGCAGCUGCUUUAUGUUUGGCGUCUCGGACCUCAGAGGGUUUUCAGCGGGCUGCGACCUCGUGGGUCAAAGUCCAGCACCGCGGGAGCAAAUGUUUUCUCCGUCACUCGUGUAGUCCAGACAUGAAUCAGCCAGCGUUCGUUUGAGGUGCGUGUGAUGAAGACAACAGUGAGCACAGCCGUCACAUUACAGCCAGUGCACCACAUUACGUAGUUCCCAUGUGAAGAGUCACAGAGGAAACACUUUGCUCUGACGCUGCACCUGCGGAGCCUCCACCCUCCGGCCCAUUCAAACACAAGAGCAACACGACGGGAGGAGCCUCCCACAGAGCUCUGAAGGCGAGUGCAGUGAACAUCUGAGCUGUGUGCACUAUGGCGGAGUACAUGUUGGCACCAGGGGACGGGGAGACGGACCGCAAGGGGAGGGUGGAGGUUCUGAGGGAAAGGAAGUCCUCUACAGGGUGGGUGUGCAGGGUGUCCGGGGCCCUUCUCUGUGUGGCCCUCUGUGUCGGAGCCAUUCGCCUCUUUGCUUGGUACUGGAGUGGAAGGCCAGAAGUGACGACACAAGCAGAGCACCACAAUCAAACGGAAACCGAAGCUGCUGAGAACAUCACCGAUUAUUCACCUCCUUUACAGCAUCACGAGUCCAACUCCAGGCUGAGCUUCAGCAGCAGAGACAAAGCAGCCAUCCACUUAGUUCCAAUCACAUCCCAACUGGAUGAGAAGCUGGAGUGGACAGCUGAUCUUUCCCAGGCGUUUUCUCAGGGUGGUUUAAUCCUGGAAAACAACACCAUCGUGAUCCUUCAAACGGGCGCCUACUUCGUGUACAGCCAGGCGGCGUUCACGCCCUCCUGCAGCUCAGGGCCCUCACGUCUCAGCUACAGAAUCCUGUGCUUGUCCUUAAGUUAUUCUAGAGUGAUCGUGCUGAUGGACACAGUGAAGUCGGUGUGCACUGCUGAGGACGGAUUGGACUCCUCUUACCUGGGUGCAGUGUUCCACCUGCAGAAGGGGGACAGACUCUUCGUGGAAACCAACUACUUUAUGUGGCUUGUGACACACUCGACCAAGACGUUUUUUGGUGCAUUUAAAGUUUAAGAUGACUCAUUGAUGCUAACACAGUCACUUCUGCUCUGCUUUCUUUUCUGUUUAGAAACAUUAAGUGUGUUUUGUUUUGUUUUAUCAGAGUUAAAACUUGUAGCCAAAGCUGCUGUGCUGAUUUUUAAAAAGCCUAUAAAUGAAGGCCACAGCACGCAGUCAGUGUUCAUGAAAUCCACAAAGUUCAUUUCCUGCCUUUGUAAAAUAUUUUUCAAAAUAUUUUAUUUUUUGCAUGGAUUUUCUAACAGGAAUGUAAGUGUAAAGGUUAAUGGAUCUUAUAUUUACACAGAACUUGACAAAUGAAAUGUAAAAUGAAUAAUGAAUAACCAAUAAUAAAAUGUUUUCAGAUCA